AUGGCGGACAAGAAGGAGGUCAAUCAGGCCAAGCUGCAGGCCCUGACCUCAGGCGCGAAGAAGAAAUCGCCCUUCCAAAAGCAGCUCGAACAAAUCGAAGCCAAAAAGAAGAAACAAGAGGAAGAGGCGGCCGCGAUGCUCGAUGAGUUCGUGGCUUCGUUCGCAGCGGACGAGGAGAAAGGCAGCGGCAGCAAGACGUUCGUACGUGGCGAGACGUUUGUGCCGCACACGGUGCUGGACAAGGCCUCCGCCACCUCGACGGCCUCCUCUGGCAAGCUCUACAAGCCAGCGCCCAAGAUCAAGACUGCAACCAAGCAGGAGGCGCCGGCCGCCAUUGCACCGCAGGACAAGUCCAGCGCUACGCGCUCGAUCGAUGAACUGAAGGACAUGUUCAUCAAGGAGCAACAGAAGCGAGACGAGCGGUUCUCAGGAGUAGCGCCCGAGAAAGCGAAGCAGUUGGAGCGCCUGGAGCGCUUGAAGGAGCUGAGCGAGAGUCUCCCUCCGCUGGGAUCUCAUGACUCGGGGGAUCCCUACACCACCAACCUCUACGUAGGCAACGUCUCGCCACAGGCCAACGAGGAGCUUCUGAGGAAGGAGUUCGGCAAGUACGGCAACAUCUACAGCGUUAAGAUCAUGUGGCCGCGGACAGACGACGAGAAGCGACGCAACAGGAAUUCGGGCUUCGUCCAGUUUGAGAAGCGCGAAGACGCCGAGCGGGCCAAGGACGCACUCAACGGGGUGGAGUUGAUGGGCUACGAGCUGCGCAUCGGGUGGGGCAAGGCUGUCAGCAAACCGGUGCCGGGGGGCAUAGGCGCGGUCCCGCCGAGCGUCACCCCUCCGGCCCACGCCGCCGCACCGACGGCCUCGGCCUGGUCCGCGACCAGCGCACCCGGCGGCGGCGGUGGCGCAGCCGUGUCUCCGCCGCCCUCCAUGCCGGGCCUCCUCGGGAUGGCCCCCGGCAUGCCGCCGCACGGUGGAAUGCAGCCGCCGCCGCCGCAACAGCAGCCGGGAAUGCCACAGGGGGGAAUGCCGCUGGGCAUGCCGCCGCAAGGCCCGCCACCGCAAUUCAUGCCUAUGCCGGGAGCGCCGAUGCCUCCGCCGUUCUACGGCGGCGUACCUCCACAGAUGCCGCCGCAGCAAUUCAUGCACCCUCCCGGCAUGCCUCCGCAUCCGGGCAUGGCGCCCGGAAUGGAGAUGGCACACGCACACCCGCCUCCGCCGCCUGGGUUCAUGAACCCACCGCCACCACCGGGCUACGCACACCCGCCUCAAGGCGGCUAUCUGCCAGCCUUACAACCGCCUGCUGGGUACCCGGCCCCGCCGCCGCCGAUGCCUCUCGGCGAGAUACGGGUCACGCCGCCCGCCGAUCCCGAGCGACUCCAACUCAUCCACAAGCUCGCACAGUACGUGGCCAAGGAGGGACAGCAUUUUGAGCAACUCAUCGUCGAGCGCGAGAAGGGAAACGCCAAGUUCCACUUCCUGGUUCAGACCGAUUCGCCGGACCACAUCUACUACCGAUGGCGAACCUUUUCUCUCAUGCACGGCGACACCAUGGAGAUGUGGAGGACCGAGCCCUUCCAGAUGUUCCCGGGCGGACCGUUCUGGUUUCCGCCUCCACCCCCGGGCAAGGAGUCGGCGCAGGUGGGCAGUGGUGCGCCCGGCGCGCCGCAUCUACCGCAGCAGCUGCAGCCACAACCUCAGCCAAAGGUGGUAAUCUCGUCGGUGUCGAGCCCCGCGGAGGAGCGCAGAGAGAAGCGAGGCCGAAGCCGCAGCCCCAGCCCGCGCGCCAGAAGCCGAAGCCGUAACUACAGCAGAUCGCCGAGCCCGCGCCGUAGCCGCAGCCGCAGUCGGCGAAGCCGAAGCCGGAGCAGGAGCCGCAGCUAUUCGAGAAGCCCAAGUCGGAGUCGCAGCCGCAGCCCUAGCCGAAGCAGGUCGCGGAGCAGGUCACGAAGCAGGAGCAGGUCAAGGUCAAGGCGCCAUCGAGAAAGGAGCCGCGACCGAAGCCCGAGCCGAGACGACGACCGAUACCGCCGGCGAUCGGCCAGCCGGGGCGACGAGCGAGCAAGCCUGCGCAACAGCAGAGACCGAGACCGAGACCGGGACCGCAGCAGGGACAGGGAGAGGGAGAGGGAUGCGGAGAGGGAUCGGCGGCCGCGAAGCCGGGAGCGAGAGGGGCCGCAGGGCGCCACGGGCGCGUCGCGAACAGUGCGCAAGGGCAAGGGCCUGACCGAGGAGCAGCGCGACGACUUUGAGGACCUGCUCCGCGGGCUCACCACGCACCGACAGCGCAUCCGCGACGUCAUGGGCUUCGCCAUCGACAACUCAGAGGCGGCGGGCGAGAUCGUGCAGGUGCUCACCGAGGCGCUCACCCUCGACGAGACCCCCAUCCCCACCAAGAUCGCGCGCCUCUUCCUCGUCUCCGACAUACUCCACAACUCCACCGCUGCCGUCCGCAACGCCCACGCCUAUCGCUCACUGUUUCAGAAACAGUUGCCAAACGUGUUCGAGAGCUUCAGCACGGCGCUGCGCAACGCGUCAGGGCGUAUGUCGGCCGAGCAGCUGAAGGAGCAGGUGAUGCGCGUCCUGCGCGUGUGGGAAGCCUGGAGCGUCUACCCGCAGCCAUUCCUGACCACCCUCCACGAAACCUUUCUUCGGCCGGCGCCGCAGGAAGAGGAGGAGCGCGCCAAGGUGCGCGAAGGUGGCGUGGAAGACGUUGACGAAGAGGACAUCGACGGUAUCCCGCCAUGCAUGAGUGGGUUGUCCAUUGCUCCUUUUAUCUCUCUCUCUCUCUCUCUCUCUCGCCUUCGUCGUGCAAACCAUCCGAGAGCAUGUUCGGCCUUGCAUCACAACCAGACAGAACUGGAUAAGAUCACUACGCCACAGUACCGGAUUUGA